GAUUCUCGGGAUUUGAAGAUGGCUGCACAGUCAGCGCCGAAAGUUGUGCUAAAAAGCACCACCAAGAUGUCUCUAAAUGAGCGGGGUCGUGCAGCACGGUAGCAUGGUACCCUGGCUACAGUAGGCUUGCUGCCCAGUCCAAGGCCAGCAGUGUUGUGUCUGGCCUGUAAGAGGCAGGUAGCAAGCCAUGAAUAUGUCCAAAGGUCCUUGAAUGUCGUUCUUGGGCCUUGUAAGAGGCACUCGCUUUGCUCCAUUUCACUUUCUUUCCAUUCUGCUUUUAGUUUGGUUUUGUUUUGGAUUCUUUUACAGUUAAGUGUUCUUCUCUUCCAUUCCAUUACACUUCCUUGACAGAAAUAAUGAGUCUCUUCACGGGCUCAUAAAUGAUCGAACUAAUCUAACUUUCAAAAGUAACUACUUAGAGUCAGAAAAAGUGAUGAUUUGAGACUAAGAAAAGUAAAAGUAUUUAAAGGCAGUUUCUAUUUCUGACAACUUUGUUCAUUAAGAGUCCCUUUGGCUGGGCGCAGUGGCUCAUGCCUGUAAUCCCAGCACUUUGGGAGGCCAAGGGCGGAUCACAAGGUCAGUAGUUCAAGACCAGCCUGGCCAACAUAGUGAAACCCUGUCUCUACUAAAAAUAGAAAAAUUAGCUGGGCAUGGUGGCGCAUGCCUGUAAUCCCAGCUGCUCGGGAGGCUGAGACAGGAGAAUCACUUGAACCCAUGAGGCGGAGGUUGCAGUGAGCCAAGAUCGUGCCACUGCACUCCAGCCGGGGCAACAGAGAACAGAGUGAGACUCUGUUUCAAAAAAAAAAAAAAAGAUUGCCUUUGAUCAGUGAUUUCAUUAGGUUGACUUUAGACCACUGGAAUUUACUUAAUGUCUAUUUUUGCUUCUUCUGAGGCAUGUGUGCUUCUCUCCUUAUCUCUUUGGCUAUAGGCUAAUUAUUUAUGUUUACAUAAUAAUAUUUAUGUUUGCAUGUUACUAAGUGACAUAUUUUAAAAUGUGAUACACUCCUGUAAUUUAUGAGAGUAUGUUAAUUGCUGUGAGCUUUGAAGGUGCUCUAGUCCUUCCUCAUAUUUGGCCUUAGAAUGCACCUUGGAUCCCCCAAGGUUUAGGCUUUCUUUGUUUGUCUUUGAAACUAUAUCUUCUGUCUCUUGUCAUAUCUGCUUAUUGCGUGUUUUUCAUACCUUCCACCUCUCUAAAAGCCGUUACCUGAGCCCUUGUUAUCACUUUUGGUUGAAUGUGCUGCACUUAGCUGCAUUUCUGAGUUUCUGAUUCUUGCAAGUUUGUGGAAACAGAGGAGUCUUUAACCCACAUCAGCCUUGAUCUAAGUGUACCACUUUACUUAAAAGUUCGUGGGAUCUGGAGCUCCUGGUCUAGCAAGCCAUGAAAAUGCCAAUAAAUGUUUGUAAUAAAGCUUUUAUUUAAACAUCCAUUUUGUUCGACCUUGAAGCUUUACUAAUAUGCUGAAGAACAAACAGCCGACGCCAGUGAAUAUUCGGGCUUCGAUGCAGCAACAACAGCAGCUAGCCAGUGCCAGAAACAGAAGACUGGCCCAGCAGAUGGAGAAUAGACCCUCUGUCCAGGCAGCAUUAAAACUUAAGCAGAAGAGCUUAAAGCAGCGCCUGGGUAAGAGUAACAUCCAGGCACGGUUAGGCCGACCCAUAGGGGCCCUGGCCAGGGGAGCCAUCGGAGGACGAGGCCUACCCAUAAUCCAGAGAGGCUUGCCCAGAGGAGGACUACGUGGGGGACGUGCUACCAGAACCCUACUUAGGGGCGGGAUGUCGCUCCGAGGUCAAAACCUGCUCCGAGGUGGACGAGCCGUAGCUCCCCGAAUGGGCUUAAGAAGAGGUGGUGUUCGAGGUCGUGGAGGUCCUGGGAGAGGGGGCCUAGGGCGUGGAGCUAUGGGUCGUGGCGGAAUCGGUGGUAGAGGUCGGGGUAUGAUAGGUCGGGGAAGAGGGGGCUUUGGAGGCCGAGGCCGAGGCCGUGGACGAGGGAGAGGUGCCCUAACUCGCCCUGUAUUGACCAAGGAGCAACUGGACAACCAAUUGGAUGCAUACAUGUCGAAAACAAAAGGACACCUGGAUGCUGAGUUGGAUGCCUACAUGGCGCAGACAGAUCCCGAAACCAAUGAUUGAAGCCUGCCCACCCUCCCAUGAGAGACUCUUGUUAGUCAACACAUCUGUAAAUAACCUUGAGAUAACAGAUGAGAAGAAAUCUGAUUGAUGCUGGAUGGACCUAUCACAAUAGGUUGUGGACUUACUUGCCACCAGCUUGUGCAUUUAGUGUGUUACUUUUUGAUACUGUGUUGUAUGAAACCCUUUUGUCCUUUGAUUUGGUUUUUUGUUUUUGUUUUUUUUUGGGGGGGGGGUUCCCCUCCUUUGCCCAGACUUCUCUUUGAACACAAAUGCAUUAGCCUUGUGGCUAGAACAUCCUCUUCCUACCUCUGUCUCCCCUCGCUUGUCAUAUGCUAUGACAUGCUAACAUUUCUUUUGUUCAUCUCUGUUGCCCCCACAGAAAGAUGCCAGAAAAACCGGUCAGUGUUCUCCCUGAUGCUUAGGUUUCUGAGAUAGGGUUCUGUUACAUCCUCUUUGAUAGCCUAUUUAAAAUAUUUAGAAAGUCUGGAGCUCAAAAAUGCAUUCUUCCACGUUGAUAAUUUAGUAAACUGAGAACACUGACAUCACUACAGGGCAGCAUAAGAGGUUGCUUACCUGUGGUAGCAGCUCUGAUUUGAUUGAAGUUGCUGUCAUGUACAUUGACACCACAUAUACCAUAACCAGCCUGCUGGGUUGAAUUGCACUUUCUACCCUUGUAUGAGAUUUACAAACUUUUCUCCAGGGUGUGUAUCAUGGCCAGAGGGAUACUAUAGGGUUGGUUUAUACUGCAUUAUAGAGGAAGAAGCCAUUUGAUUUGGUAGGUGUGUCAGAAGGAAGAAUGAUGGCAGACGAACUGCUGGAAGAGGUCAGAAGAUACCCAUGCUAAAAUGCAAUUAUAUCCUCAUGUUUAUCGCAAACUAAUUUUGGACUUUCCCACUCAUUAGCUUUGUUUCACCUUUAUUUCCCUUGAAGGUUCAAUUAAGUUCAACCAUAUUCUAGCAACUGUUCCAGUUGCAGUGGAAUCUUGUAUUUCUGGUUCAUUAUAACAAAUCGUUUGCUCA